AUGGCAUCUGGAAAGAAGAGUUCCUCCACAAAGGCUACCAAACAUGAUAGACCGUCACUUUCAUUGGUCUGUGUUGAUGUUGAUCAACCUCAAACUCUAUCCAUUGCACCCAUUGUAUCUUCUUAUAAUGAGAAGAUACGUCCGGUUCUCGAUGCCCUUGAAAAUUUGAGGCGUCUAAAUAUUGCCAAAGAAGGAAUCCAGCUUCCAACUAUUGUUGUGGUUGGAGAUCAAUCAUCUGGAAAAUCUAGUGUCCUUGAAUCAUUGGCUGGUAUCAGCUUGCCGCGUGGACAAGGAAUUUGCACAAGGGUCCCGUUGGUGAUGAGGCUGCAGAAUCACCUACUACCACAGCCAGAGCUUGUCUUGGAGUACAACGGCAAGAAUGUUUCAACAGAUGAGGCUAAUGUCUCUCAUGCAAUUAACACUGCUACUGAAGAGCUUGCUGGAAAUGCCAAAGGGAUUUCUAACACACCACUGACUUUGAUUGUGAAGAAGAAUGGUGUUCCUGAUCUUACCAUGGUUGAUCUUCCGGGAAUAACUCGUGUGCCGGUUCAUGGUCAACCGGAUAACAUCUAUGAUCAGAUUAAGGAUAUUAUCAUGCAGUAUAUAACUCCUGAAGAGAGUAUUAUCUUGAAUGUACUUUCUGCAACGGUGGAUUUUACCACUUGUGAGUCUAUUAGGAUGUCACAAACUGUUGAUAAAACAGGUUUGAGAACUUUAGCUGUUGUCACAAAGGCUGAUAAGUCUCCAGAAGGUUUGUUGGAGAAGGUUACGGCUGAUGACGUGAAUAUAGGUCUUGGUUAUGUUUGUGUGAGAAAUAGGAUUGGAGAGGAGUCAUACGAAGAGGCCAGAGAAGAAGAACUGAAGCUGUUUGAGUCUCAUUCACUUCUUUCCAAAAUUGAUAAAUCUAUUGUUGGAAUUCCUGUUUUGGCGCAGAAGCUUGUUCAUGUGCAAGCCCAGAUUAUAUCAAAAACCUUGCCUGAGAUCAUCAAGAAAAUUAAUGAGAAGCUCGGAAACAGUUUAAAUGAGUUGGAAAUUUUACCUGCUAAUUUGUCUUCAAUGGCUGAUGCCAUGGCUGCUUUUAUGCAAAUUAUUUCUCUAUCAAGAGAUUCCCUCAGGAAGAUUCUCCUGAUAGGAGAAUUUGAAGACUACCCUGAUGAAAAGGAAAUGCAUUGUACAGCUAGAUUAGUUGAAAUGCUAAAUUCCUAUGCUAAUGAACUUGAAAUAUGUUCAGAAAGUAAUCCAACUAAGGACUUUCUGAUGGACGAGAUAAAGGUUCUCGAGGAAGCUAAGAUUAUCGGUCUUCCCAACUUCAUGCCAAGAACAGCAUUUCUUACUUUACUUUCCAAAAAAGUGAAGGGCAUUUCUUAUAUGCCAAUCAAUUUUGUUGACAAUGUGUGGAACUAUUUGCAAACUGUUGUUACUUCUGUUCUGAAUUUCCACUCUUCAAACUAUUAUCAGCUUCAGGUAUCGAUUCGUAGAGCCGCUGAGCUUCUGAUUGAGAAAAAGAAGAAAAGUUCGAUACAACAUGUGCUGCAAGCUGUGCAAAUGGAGAAGCUAACUGAUUACACAUGUAAUCCGGAAUACUUGAAGGAGUAUAACAAUCUGAUGUCACAUCAAGAAGGUUUUUUGAAAGAGGUUACGAAUGUUAAUCGAGAAGGAAAUACUGUGAAACUGGAAGGUGUUGGUGUUAUUAAUGUUGUUCAUCUUAUGAAAUAUCCUGACAUGUUAACUCUGGCGCAGGCCUAUGAUUUGAAAGCAAGAUUGAUAGCUUAUUGGAAAAUUGUUAUUCGGAGGCUCAUUGAUGUUAUAGCUAUGCAUUUGAUGUUAAGCAUCAAUGAACUGAUUAGUACUGAUUUGCAAAAGGAGAUAUGUCAUGAACUGUUAGCCCCGUCUGGUGGUGGGGUCCAGAGGUUGCUUGAAGAGUCACCAUCGAUAUCUGGGAAGAGGGAACGGUUGAGCAGGAGUGUAAAGGUUCUGAGAGAAAGCAAGGAUACCGUGGCUAACAUUAUGGACAGGAUUGGUGUUUAUGGUGAUAACUAG